AUGUUAUGGAACAGAUAAGCUACAAAUUCAAAUUCAAGAAGGACAAGAUUGAACAGCCUGAAAGCUACCUUGGAGCGGGUGUCAAAAGAAAGGUUUUAGACGGUCAGCACAUGUGGACUAUGUCCAGUUAUGACUAUGUUACAGCUGCUGUGAAGAACGUCAAAGCAACCCUGAAAGACAAUCAGAGGUGGAACUUACCAAAGAAAGCCGUCACUCCAAUGAAUAGCGAUUAUACACCAGAGCUCGACGGUUCAAGUGAGUUAAACGCACAUGACCACACAUACUUUCAAGAAUUGAUUGGGGUCUUAAGGUGGGCCACGGAGAUCGGACGCGUUGAUAUUCUACUGGAAGUUUCUCUUUUGAGUCAAUACCAGGCAGGACCAAGGGAAGGACACAUGGAACAAUUGUUGCGGAUUUUUGCCUACUUGGAUCAACACCCAAAGAUGACCCUAUACUUUGAUUGGAGAAUCCCAAACGCAGAUUUUUCUGGAGUCAAGUCAUCGUACAAAGAGUUCCGUACUCUAUACAGAGAUGCUGAGGAACAAUUACCAUCAAACAUGCCAAAACCAGGAGGUAGGCGAGUGGGAAGCUUGGCAUAUGUUGAUGCCUUGCAUGCAGCAAACAAGAAGACUUGUAGAUCGCAUACCGGCUAUGUCAUCUUCUUGAAUAGGGCACUUUUGGGGCUGAAUUCAUUGCUCUGA